UGCACAUUUUUUCACUUGAGAAAUACUGCACCAAAUAUGUUAGAUGUAAAAUUACACGACUAAGACCACUUUCUUGUUUUAUCUCAGAUUUAUUUGGACUAUUUUUAGGAAGUGUAUACUGGCUAUGUUGUUGCUACGGUGCCUUAAGUGGGACAAACAAUAAUAUUGUCGCUUCUUUCUCAUUUUUCAAGCAAAGGUAUUUUAAGGGAGUAUGUGAGCCACAUACGUUCGCUUCGCCUAGCCGAGAUAUGCUAAGAGCAAACCGAACCUAAGUCCAAAGAUCAUGGAAACCGUAGGACAACAUUUUGAGGUGAUGUCGAGCACUGGGAAAUUGCUAUUUUCAGCUGGUACAGAACAGGUGGUUGUUGGAGCAGAUAAACUAACAAUUACAGGGUCUGAUGGUGCUUAUUGUGAACAUUCCAUAGAGACAUCCCUGGUCAGGGCAGAGCCUUCCAAGGACUUGAGGCUAGAGGCCCCCACCCGUUCCCUCCACCUGGAUGCUCCAAAGGGAGUCCAUAUCAAAGCAGUGUCCGGCAGUGCCCAGGCCGUGUCCAGAAUGGACAUCUCUCUACUCUCUAUGGAUGGAGUGUUGAUUCUGGAUGCUGAGAUGGUGCGGCUGCCCAGGUUACCUCUGAGUGGAGAGGGAGAGAGAGGAAGUCCUGGGGAGCAGCUGUAUGAAGUGUGUGUGUGUCCUGAUGGGAGACUAUACCUGUCCAAGGCUGGUCACACUUCCACCUGCCAUGACAACAGUCACAAGUGUUAACAGAACACACUCCAUUAUCUACCUGGGAUUGUCUUUAUACAGAAUAUCAUCAUAGAUAUACAGUCUCGCCUGAAAUGUAUGCAAAAUGCCUUUUUAGAAAAAUGUAAAGAAACAUGUACAUGCAUGGUGAUUGACUCUAGUGGCCACUUAAAAUGCCACCCAACUCUGCUGCUUGUUUUGUCUGGGAAAAGUUGAAUGCAUUUGAUCAUGCAGAGUUUACAGAUGUGAAGAUUGUUCACAAUGUUCAGAGGGAUCUUGAUGCGCUAGUAUCUGGUGACGUCAAGGUAGGCGGCAACAUAAUUAUUUGAAAAAGUAGCCUACCCAUGUCUGCGCAAAAUACUGACUGGGUAUUUAGGAGUGGGACACCAUAUACUCUAGGAACCCGUUAUGGAAUAAAGGCUGUUGCCUGCAUAUGUCAGGACUGCCAGAUAUCUACUUCUAUUUAUGUAGGCCUACUUAAUAACUUAUAUCAAUGAAGAUUGGACGUAUCAGAAGAUGGACCAUUUAAUCGCAUUAUUAUGAGCGUGGGUGGUAUGAAAGUACUAGCCUAUUGAUUCCCAUCCAGGUAUUGGCAGAAAAAUAAAAGUAUUACCUAACUCUGAGACAAAAUGGUUAACAUGGAGUGGAAGCUAAAGAAGAUUAUGUCCCUUUUACUGGAGCUGAUUAUUUUGUGCUAUAUGGUAAGGCAUAAUGUUUUUCAUUUACACAUUUACGAGUGGAGUUUUUCAUUUGUUGUAGUGAAUCUGAAGUUUGAGUGAUGCCCUUGGGCAGUUCAUGGAACAGCAGAGGAGGAUAGAGAAUGCAGGCAGUGUGGUCCUGGACAGGAGCUAUCUAUAGUGAGUAGUCAAACUUGGUAUCUCCUGUCAAUAUUAUUGAUACAACCAGUCAUGCUAUUGUAUAAAUAUAAUGAAUGUCUUUCUUGUCACAUACUGUGUUCACAUACCACAUUUAUCCUAUUUAUCCUAACCCAUACAUAGUAUCCUGUUUAUGUUUUGAAUUAAAAAAUAAAUGCAUAGGCUACUA